AUGUUCAAAAUCCUACUAGCGAAAUUGCCAGAUGAGGCGACAUGUUCAGUGGCAGAUGAGCCUGAUCGUGAUGAGCUCCUGUACAGGCCAGGUAUGAUUGAUCCAGGCACUGAGGACAAAUACAUAAAGCUGGCACGAAGUUUUCGAAUGUUUGCCAUGAUGGAGACGAGAAUGUUGGACACCGAAAAACACUCUCGCGUAAGGCUUGCAUCAACUUUCUUUUCAGCUGUAUCCGUUUUCGAGGUGUUAAAAAUGUAA